AUGGGCAUCCAGGUGUCUUCCAAAUACCUUGAAUUGACAAAGAAAAAACUGGAAUUGACGCGUUUGCCGAGGGAGCUGGAGUUGCCGGAGCAGAGACGGUGGGACUUGGGCACGCCGAAAGCUGUGCUAGAACCUCUGUUGGAUUACUGGCUGGAGAGCUACCAGUGGCGGGCUGAAGAGGCGCGCCUCAACACUUCGCUCCCUCAGUACCGCACUACCAUCAAACUGCCAUCACUCGACAACGAAGACCAAGUCCAGUCCCUGCGCAUCCACUUUGUGCACAAGCGUUCAACACAUCGGCAUGCUAUCCCACUUCUCUUCUGCCAUACCUGGCCUUCCUCGUUCAUAGAGGUCCAGAAGAUCAUCGAUGCGCUCACGAAUCCUCAGUCGCUACCAAGUUUUGGAGAUGGCGCACAACAGGCCUUCGAUGUCGUCGCUCCCAGCAUACCGGGAUUCGGCUUUAGUGAUGCGAGCUCGUCUGAAACCUUUGGCUUGGAAGAGACUGCAAAAGCGUUCAGCAAGCUCAUGAAGCGGUUGGGCUACGAUCGCUACGUUGUCCAUGGCACCGGAUGGUAA